AUGCUGCCUAUUGGCAGGAGUACUGCUGCUGAUGUGGACAUUCUAGCCUUUUCGCCAAACGGACAGUACCUGGCAGCUGCUACGUGUAGGAAGGAGGUCUUUGUCUGGGAAAUAGAGACACGGACAGUCUUGCGGUCGUUCAAGAUUGAUUAUCCAGCACUAGGUGUCCAAUUUGCUAACAAAACUAACGCACUGGUGGUGUAUCAUAUUGGUGGCAAGCUGGCUUUUGUGAAGGACGUGAUUCCAGCGGGACACACUCCACCCCAGCAUAUGAUAGGGCAGUCUACUACAUCAGUUCAGGUCUUGCAGUCGGGAAAAACGAACGUGAAGGUGUCAGGACUUGUAGAUGACGAGGCUAAGACGGAUGGAAAGCACAAAGAGGAAGACGAAGAGGAAGUGAGCUUUGAUGAUGACAAUGAGGCAAGAGUAGAAGCCAUCAAGGCCAGCUUCGGUUUUGGCUCGGCACUAAAAGCCACUAACAACAACGAGAUUGAAGAUGAAGACAUCUCAGUAUCGGCUUUACCGACUACGAAGUCAUCGCCCCAGCAACUCUCACCAUUGCGCACCAUUACAGAGCCAUUCCAGCCUGGCAGCGUCAUGGACGCAACAGGACGUAGCAGCAGUGCUACCUCAUUGCUGGCUUGGACUCCAGAGGGCGAGAUUGAGGUGAUUCGAGGAGCGAGUAUGAGUGAAAACUUAGUAAAGGUGGAAUUCGCGGACAAGGGUCGUCGAGGAUUCAAGUUUAACGACAACUAUAUGUUCUCAAUGGCAUUUCUGGACGACUACGGUGCUAUUUUUGCCGUCCCGCGACGCGCUCGUGAAGACUGGGAAGACCUCGAAGCAGGGACCGACGAAAGUGACGUUAUUAGCAGCUUUAUUUUCUACCGUCCGUUUGAGUCUUGGGCUAGCAAUAGCUCGUGGCACAAGACGCUGCCCGAGGGUGAGGAUGCUGAAUGCGUUUCUGCAGGUCGUGAGUUUUGUGCGGUGGCCACCUCGUUGCAUACUCUUCGAAUCUACACGUCAAGUGGCAUCGACUAUGCGCUACUGCGAUUACCUGGUCGCGUUGUAACAAUGACCGCAAAAGAAACUUUGCUGGCUGUUGUGUACCAGGGACUGCAUGGACAGAUGCUCUACCAGCUCCUUCGCAUUCACGUGAACUCGUCACGCGAACGUGUUGUGUUGGUCUCCAAGGGUCAAUUGUCCAUGACGCCUCCACCACGAGAUGUUUUUGCGUCGCACAAGGAGAACGACACAAUACGCGAAGACGUCCGAAACUGGUCGAAGCUGACAUGGAUUGGUUUCGAUGACCGCCAGAUUCUUUAUGCGGUGGACUCGUUCUCGUGCAUUCAGGCACUGUCACCCAGCACAGGAUGGAACUGGUUUCCUAUCGGCUGUGUUGGCAACGCGCUGCAGAAGAAGCCGGAGGACCGUCACGGUAUUUUUACACUUGGCGUGGUUAACGACUCAUUGCUCUACUUCCCGCUGGAGAAGGGCGCUCGGGUUCCCAAGCUUCGCGGUAAUCACCGUCCGGUACCUGGUACGUUCCCAUUGCGCACGGCGUCUUUUCCAAAGACGUCAAAGAAGAACGAGGACGCUUCAAAUGGCCACAUGUGGCAGAAUGUGCGACUGUGUGGACUAGAGGCAAUUGCAAACGAUGCAAACGUUGGUAACAUCGCAGACCAAGUAGUCCAUGAGCAGGCUGAAAUGGACAAGGCACUUAUCUUGAUGAUGAAGACGGCUUGCAUGAAUGACGAUCCUGCGCGAGUGCUUGACUUGGCAAAGUGUCUGCAUCUUGAGAAAUCCCACCAGAUUGCACAGAAGCUCGCUAUUCACUUCUCUCUGCGCCAGCUGCAGUCACAACUAUACGAGCUGUACCGCGUCAAAUUUGAACAGCCUCAGCGCUUCGAGCAGGAGUCGAUGGUACAAGCUUCUUCUGAACCUCGUCAACAGGCACCUACAAACCGCUCUAGCACAAUGAAAGACAAGCUCGAGCCACGGAAUGUGGAGCCUCUCAGUCGUGCUCGUAGCAUUCUGUCGCGACCGCCGUCUACGCCUUUGCGUGACGAAUACGACGACAUGGAAACUGCCUCUAUCGACGAGACCCAAGAAACGAAGGCCUUGACCCCUACACCGAAGACUACUUUUGCAAAGGGAAGUGCUGUACGCGUAGAGCGGUCAGUGGUACCAGCGAAUCCGUUCCUGAAGAAAUCUAGUGGUUCCUCGACAUCACCCACAGGCAGCAAGAAGACGGGUCUGCAGCGAUUGGCCAAGUUCACGUCGCCAUCACCAGCCAAGAAGCAGUGUCGGUCGACAUGGAAGAAAUGA